AUGAGAGAGCUCCUACAAACUGUGGGAACGCAUUUCGUUGCACAAACUAAUGCAGGAACAGACUCAAAUAAGUCGAAACUUACGCGGGUUAUGAUGAAAACGUUCGUAUCCGUAGCUUUGCACAAGUGCUCCAAUGCGCUAGUGAAAUUCUGCCGCCAGCAGACAAUGCUACGCCCUCAUGAGCGAUUUUCAAUUGAAAACGAAGUGAAUACUGAGGCGAUGCCAGCCAGCCCCGGAGAUUUCGAUUACAUUUGA